UCAGAGCGAGGCAGCUGGUGGAGUUCCCUGUAGUCCCUCAUGAACGUAGCCUUGCUAACAAGCUCAGCAAUAAUCCUGUUCUAGCAAGGGAGAGGGUAAGGGACGCAAGAUAUCAAGGAACUAGCACCAAGACCAUUUCAGCGAUAGAGGAUUUAAAAUAUUGUAUUCCUUACAACACCUUUGGACAAUUGGCUACAUGCUCCACAAGUGAAAGAAGAGAGGAGGGCUUUUACCUAGCCUUUAAACUGGUUGAGCCUGAGCAGAUCCCCUCCACUGCUUUGCAGGCAUGUGGAAAAUGAGUGGCGGGAUGGUGGCAGUGCCAAGCCCUUUGGCCCCGUGCUCAAUCACACACAGGCUGGCUGUGCCCGUUAUCCUGCUGUUGGCCACGCUCACCGGGGGCCAUGCAUCAGGAUGUCCGAGGCCCUCUGGCGUGCAGCACGGCUGGGUGAAUCUGACCGAGACCAACCGGGGCUCGGUCCCCUUGGGCACGCUGCUGCAGUACAGCUGUGACCCGGGCUACGUGCUGGAUGGGCCGAGCAUCAUCACGUGCACCACCUCAGGACACUGGUCCUAUGAGCCGCCCCUCUGCAUACGCUCAGACGCUUGUCGACCACCGAGCGCACCAGAGAAUGGCGGCUACACCUGCCACCCGUCCCCCUGCCAUCGCAUUUCCCAGGGCACGGCUAUCGAGUACUACUGUGACGAGGGGUAUACUCUGAGGGGGGAGUACAAGUACCGAACCUGCCAGAAUGGCGAGUGGGAUCCAGCCCUGCCCAUCAGCUGUCACCUGGUCCAAGACAACCUGGUGCAGGGAUGUCCGAGGCCCUCUGGCGUGCAGCACGGCUGGGUGAAUCUGACCGAGACCAACCGGGGCUCGGUCCCCUUGGGCACGCUGCUGCAGUACAGCUGUGACCCGGGCUACGUGCUGGACGGGCCGAGUAUCAUCACGUGCACCACCUCAGGACACUGGUCCUAUGAGCCGCCCCUCUGCAUACGCACUGAUGAUUGCCAGCCUCCCAGCGAGCCUGAGAACGGCGGCUACACCUGCCACCCUACCCCGUGCCAUCGGCUUGCCCAGGGCACCGUGAUCGAGUACUUCUGCGACGAGGGCUUCGCUCUGAAAGGAGUGUACAAUUAUCGCACCUGCCAGAAUGGGGAGUGGGACGCUGCCCUGCAGGUCAGCUGCCACCUGAGCCAAGGGAAGGAUGAGCACUCUCCGCUGGCCAUGCCGGCCCUGUCCAUCGUGGCCUCCACAGCCAGCUCUGUGGCCCUCAUCCUCCUUCUGGUGGUUCUGUUCGUGCUGCUGCAGCCCAAACUCAAGUCCUUGCACCACAGCCGACGUGAGCAGGGAGUGUCUGGCCAGCCGUCCUCCAUCGUUGUGGAGGGCGUUCAGGUGUCGCUCCCCUCCUAUGAGGAGGCCGUGUACGGAAGCAGCGGCGUGGCCACAGCAGCCCCCGCCCCCCAGGAGUCCCGGGUGCAGAUCGUGCUCUCUGAGGGACCCCAGUCCGACGGGGGCUCCCAGACCGACUGCCACCUCCUGCCCUGCACCUCCUCCUCCUCCGCCAGUUCCUCGCGCCACGCUGAGACGGUGCUGGUGCACCCGACGCCCUCCUGCUCGUCCUCGUCAUCACCCUACUCGCCACCCUACUCGCCCCCCUCCUCCUGCUCCUGGGCCGCUGAGCAGCCAGGCGCCGCCGCCGCCGCCGCCGCCCCCCUGCCCCACGACUCCGAGAGCAGCGACCAGCACAGCCUGCUCUCCCUCACCUCCUCCUCGGAGGACUUUGCUGACGAUAUUCCUUUGUUGAAGGAAGCCUGAGUCCUGUGGGCACCAGUGCCCCCCUCACCCUGCUGAUGCCCAUAAGGACUGUGGCGUCUGUAGCCUUCUCCACGAACGCUUCCCCCAGGCCCUGCCAGCCUAGGGCAUGCCCCUCACUCCACCUGUACACUUCUGUCCCUCACCUGCAAUGACCCCAAACCUUCAGGCCUGCCAGCAGUGUAGGCCACAGCUGUCACUUGCUCAGCCAUCGCAGGAGACGACCUCGACUCACACCUGACCACUGGCAACAACAUCGGAAUUAUACACCUUAAAGAGGUGUUUACAAAGGCAUACGUAAGAAAAAGUUCCCAAAGUUCUUUUCUCACUAUUUAUGUUCUCACGUUUUUGUUUUCUUCCCUGCCCCUAAAUGGCACUAGGCACGUUUUAGCCAGUGACCUUAGACCAGUCGCCAAAGGCUUGCAUCAGACUGUAUGACAUGAAAUGUCAAAAAAUGUAACCUUUCAUAUUAGGUUAGCGCUUGUACAAAGGAAAUGAUAAAUCACCCUGCUCGUAUUGAAGUGGUUGGGAAGUUCUGAGGUAGAACAUGGAGAUCACGGACAGUUCUCUACGAGUCGCAAGCUUGGGCCCUAUCGCAGUCUCUGUACGUUGCAUGCGGCUGUUCGUCUGCCUCACAGAAAAACCUCGUCAUCGGGGGCAGGGGAAGGAGACGCAUGAAACUCGCACUCCAGAUGCACCUCAGUCUCCGUCUGCUUAGUAGCGUGAGAUCCUUAGUGUUGCACCUGCAAGGAAAGAUUCUCACUCACUGCACCAAAAGAAAUACUGGCCUUUUGAUUUUGGUAACACACACAUGCACGCACCCAAACACGCACACAAACACGCACACACACACACAGACACACACACACACACACACACACUCAAAAUGAUAUGUGCUGUGCUACUUUUAUAGCAUGAGUAUGGUUUGUUUUAAAUGUGUUUUACUUUUGGUUUUGUUCCCGGUUGUGGACAGCUAUUGGUGUGCUUCUGAAUGCUUCUCCCACCAUUCUCACUGUGUAUUGAAAGCCUUCAUUUCAAGAGGGGCAGGGUUCUGCGUGCGUGCGUGUGUGUUCCUCAUUAUGGCUGUGAUUAUCAAUCUGAAGUCGUGUUUGUGUAUGGGAUUAAAUUGCAAUAUUUAUGAUCCCAUCAGAGAAGUUGGUUCACUGUCCUACCACCCCCCGGCAUGUUAAAACGCAGUCCCUCAUCUGCACUGUUAUUGGAUUUUAAAUGCUUAAGCUUUAUGCCAGGCAUUAUUUGUUGGUAGUGAAAUCAGCGGAAAGCUUUCUUUCUUUAUCAACACAGGAUAAGGAAUCAAAGACAACCUAUGGUGAUGUGCCACUGAUAGUAUGAAACUAGCUCUACUCAUGGAGCUGUGAUUGCUUUACUUACCCACUGAUAGUAUGAAACUAGCUCUACUCAUGGAGCUGUGAUUGCUUUACUUUUAAGCAACUGGAAAGGUGUUCAUAGAAGGGAACAAAACAGUGAUUGUUAUAGUUCAUGUCGCAUCACUUAUUUGGAUUGUUUUGGUUUCUGUCUACAUAAACAUCCUGUCCCAAAGCGCCUGGUUGCCCUCAGAUGCAUGUAAAUUCAAAAUUGAUUGUAGAUAAUAGGUGCAGGUUCUUGGACGUGUAUUCUAACAGGGGCUUCGUGACCAGAACAGGCAUGAGAUGAGUGAAUCAGUUCAGGAUGGCUCCUUUUAAGAAGUGCUUGGUCUGUUAAAGAAAAGCGCCAUAUGCUUGUGAAUACAACAGCACGGAUUAAUUCCUCAGACACGGCCCAAAGUUUGACACUACUGCAACAGACUGCAGUAACGAGUGAUGUUUAUCAAUAUGUUACCCGUGUGUGUGUGAGAGAGAGAGAGAGAGAGAGAGAGAGAGAGUGUGUGUGGGUGUGGCUGUCAAGUGUAAACUGGAAGGGAUUGUCUUUUCCAUGUUAAUGGAAUUGCCUCGUAAGGAAUUAACAGCUGUUGAUCAACCACCCCCAGAAAACUUGACUGUGUUCUUUGCAGUGAUUUGAUGUUCCUUGUUUGGUGUAGCAGAGGAAGAACCAGAGCAAUGGGUAAACGAAGGCAAAAAAUAGUGUUACUGCCUUAAAGACAUUUCAUAAGUUUAAAAGAAGAACUUAAUUUCUGACUUCAUCUUCUGUCUGGUGUUCUUUCUGAUCUUGAGAAACUGUCAUAAUCUCCCAAAUGGCCUUAUGUUUAUUUUCUAUGCAUAAACACUUUCUCCUGGGUAUUUCAGUUUUUAUUUUCUGUUGUUUUUUUAGGGAGUGGGUGAUUUUUUUUUUUUUUUUUUUUUUAAUUUUUUUUUUGUUGUUGUUGUUUCAAUCUGUUUUCCAGGGACACGACUCAAGAAUGUCCACAUAUCUGUUUGUUGUCCACCCCGAACACUUUUCCAGUGACUGUGAUAUAAAUAAUAAAAACGAGACAACAUGUCAGAGCACAUAAUUAUAUUUUGUCUUUCCUUUGUUACAUUUCAGAGAUUAAAGAAGAGAACUCAUUUUUAGACCCGGGUCACCGUUGUACGGUGCUUGUCCUCUGAUGUAAUGGAACACAACUAUUUUUCUCUCCAUUGUAUCCCAUUUCACUGCUUUUACUUUUCCUGUACAUUGUGAUGGGUGUGAAGAUAGUAUUUUAAUAUUUGUAUAAAGUUUAAUUUAAUUCUACAAUGUGCGUGUGUAUAUAACUAUUUCUAAUAAAAGCUUUCUUUUGAA